AUGCCCCCAACCCGUCAGCGACCCCACACAAUUGGGGGCCACCACCUCACCCUGACACUGCUCAUCGUGGCUUUCUGCUGCACCAACGCCUUUCCGUACCAUGUCUACAGAAAACUUCAUUCGCGUGCACCACCGGAACCAUACUACGGCCGCCUAAUAGGACAACUAACUGAAUUUGCUCAUGGCAUUAAGGGCACCGUUUAUGCAGUGGAUGAGUCGACGAUCUUCAUCAAAGGAUUUGCAUACGAUGGUUUGGGACCGGACGCCUACUUUUGGGUUGGAAACUCCCCACGCCCGAGUCCGGAGGGUUACAUCAUUCCCUAUCCCGAGGAUUACUCUGGCAGAGAUCCACCCAUCUUGCAAGCUCACAACAACACCGACAUCAUCCUUCGGCUGCCGAUGGGAAAGAGGAUUCGAGACAUUCGGUGGCUUUCUGUGUGGUGCAGGAGAUUUACGGUGGAUUUCGGGGAAGUGUUUAUUCCGCCGGGUCUUGAAGUGCCAAAACCGCGUGUGUUGCCAGAAUUCAAGCGCCUGGCACAUGGCCUGAGGAGCAGCAAUAUCAGCGUCCUGGAUGCCAAGACAUUCUACAUUCCGAACCUCCAUUACGACGGAGCGGGUCCCGAUGCGUACUUCUGGGUGGGAAAUGGGAGCGAGCCGAACAUCAUGGGCAUUAAGGUGCCCAACGAGGUUGGCUCUCUGGAACCACUUCGAGGCUACCAAGGAGAGGACAUUGAAAUUCAGUUGCCUGGGAAUCUCACUGUUUACGAUAUAGAUUGGCUCGCCGUUUGGUGUGUGGAGUAUCGUCACAACUUCGGUCACGUUUUCAUACCGACGGACCUCGAUGUUCCGCCUGCUCUUGGUCAAACAAAAAUCCCGCCUCCCUGGUGGUACAACCCUACCACAACAACGGCCAAGCCGCAACACAACAACUGCCGAGAAAUGCUGGGCGGACGGCUGCAGGUGAAGUGGGAAAUUCAGGGGGACAAUGUGAUUGUGGACUUGUACGGACGCAUCCGGGAGGAUCAGUACAUGGCGUUUGGUUUGUCGGGCGCACAGGGAAGGUCGCAAAUGGUCGGUGGAGACGUUGUGGUGGCCUUCUACGACACGAAGAAGCGCAUCUUCUGGGCCGAGGACUACUACAUGUCGCACCUGUCGCAGUGCGAUGGGAAGCACGGCGUGUGUCCGGACAGGCGGAUCGGAGGCCGAAACGAUGUGAUGGUGAUUUCUGGAGACAGGAAGAAUGGAGUGACGAGCGUGAGAUUCACGAGACCGCUGCAGACGAAUGAGCCCAUCAACGACAGGGCCAUUCCUCUCGAUCGAGAAAUUUCUGUGAUUGGAGCUAUUGGACCACUGAAUUCGGAGAAGGAGGCAAACGCACAUCUCCACAACGGCAUGGACGCCACUCUGGAUGACAUCCAGAUAAAUUUCUCUUCGAAGAACGACCACUCGUGCGUGGCGUCAAUUUAUGACUUCAAGGAGGAGAACGACCUCAAGCCAUGGCCACCGAUGAAGAUUAUCGCCGACAGUGAUAGUGUCAUUUACGCGAAGAUUGGCCCGACGGGCGGCAAGCGGGGCUACACCACCAUCACCGGCAAUCCCUCGUGGGGAAUUGCGUGGUACAUGAACGAUAUGCUAAUCCCCGAAAUUACGGUUGAGCGUGGCAAAACGUACACGUUCGUUGUGCAGGGAGGCGAUGAACCGGCUCAGCCCGCCCGCUACCACCCACUGUACAUUUGUGACUCAAUAGAGGGUGGUUAUGGUCAAUUGUCGGCGGCCGAGCAGCAAAGGCAGACAGUCUACGCCGGAGUGGAAACGGACGCCGAGGGAUACAAGAUUCCCACUGGAGUCGGUGGAUACUGCGAGUGGAAGCACAAGACCGUCGAUAAGUCGGCAGAAAGUGAAACUUUUGAGGCUUACAAAACCACAUUGUAUUUGGACUGCGAGAAGAACGAGCCUGGCUAUCUCAAUUGGACAGUCGCAAUGGACACUCCGGAUUUGGUGUAUUAUCAGUGCUACACUCACAAGAAUCUGGGAUGGAAAAUCCACGUUGUGGACAAAUUGUCACACAGUCAUCAGGGCAGUUUUGGUACGAAAUUGCAAGUGCCAAAUGCAGUCUUCUUGGCUGUAUUCGGUGCGAUUUACAAGAUUGUGAGCGAAAUCAUGUCAAAUUACAAGUAUGCCUGAUAGUUAAGACAUUCCAAAACACUCCUUGGAAGGUUUUCAAUGUGAAUUGAGUGAAGAACAAACCCAACAACCAGGCGAUAUCGUAUCAAAACAUAUCUGAAAAAAAAACUGUGUGAAAGCGCUCUGAAUGACUGAUAAAGUGUGAAUUACAAGUCUCUGCGGUGGACAUUCUAGUUCUUAAGAUGAGGGAAGUUUUUGAAAUUCGAGUAACAAAAUUUAGAUAAAGACAAAGUGAAGAAAUCGUAAGGUUUUAUUGAUCAAUCGACAUAUCGUUUAUCAAAAGCUUCCUAACCAAUUUUUCAUGAGAGAGAGAGAGAAACUUAGCGGUAUUUCAAUGUAAUUGGACAAUUUUAAUGAGAAAUGCAUUCAACACAUUUUGCUGGAUGCUUUUAUGUGAGAAUUUGGAAGAAAAUGAUGACAAUAAUUGUGUAAAUCAGUGACAAUAAUUUUACUGAUGAAUUGAUGAAUCGAUAAAGUUGAAGAAUGUGUGAAUAAAUAUAAGUGAAAAAGUUUUAAAGGAAAAAAUAAAACAAUUAGACUGUAUUCUUAAAUCUAUUUAGGUCAAUCUUUCACUAAUAUUAGGAGAAAAAUACUGCACGGAAAUUAUCUCAUAAAUUUAAUGGAGAAGUAAAGAGAAUUUUACUUUCGUAUGAAAGCUUUUUAUUGGUAUUUUCUUCAACUAUUUAGAUGAAAUACAACUCAUGAUGGAAACUUGACAAUAAAUAAAAGUGAAAUCUGAAAAAUAAUGUGAAAAACCUACAAUGAACAAUUAUCAUUGAUAGAUGUAUAAAUUUAUUAGCUGUUGUUGCAAAAAAAAGACAUGUAAUUUAUGUGGUGCAAAACAUUUUUAGAAAUAGAAAUAUUCUAAGGAAACACACAACAUUUGAAGAGUUAUAUUUUUUCCUUGUGCGCGAAACGGCUUCUGUUGGGCAUAUUUUGUUAAUUUGUUUAAGCGUCACGGGAGAAGAAUUUCAAUUUAUCAGUAAACGGUGGACAAUACUUGCACAAAGAUUUUAAUUAUACAUUCUAACAGGAUUUUUGCAGAAGAGCAUCUUCUACAAUUACUAGAUGUAAAUAAGAGUAAAAGGAAUGUGUAUUAUAUACAAUAAUAAAAUUAAAAAAAAAAUUGCAAGAUUAAAUCUCGAGAGAGAAAAUUCUCAAAAUAUGACAAUAAAAUAUUUACCUUAUAAAGAACAAGAAUAUUUCUCUGAAUUAGAUUUAAUCAAUGAAAAGAUAUUCAUAUUCAAAUUCUGGUAAAUAAAUGAAGAAAAAGAGUCAUUUACCUUUAAGCAGAAAAUAUUGGUGUUAACUCUAAAAUUAGUGAUGGAAGAGGAGAAAAAUGAUAACUUCAGAAAUUAUAAUGAAGAAGAUCUUGUAAAUUUAUACACGUGAAGCUCAUAAAAUAGGCUGGCAGAUUGCAAUUAUUUUCUAUUGAUAGUAAUUAACUAGAAGAUAUUGAGAAAAAAAAUGUGAGAUCAAAUAAAGACAAUAAUAUUAUAAAAAUUGUAUUAAGUCAAAUUUCCCUAAAAUCUAAAUUGUCAUUCAAAAGGAUUUUGAGAAGAUAAAUUGUAUCAGAAACAUAUUUCAUCGCUGUAUUAACGGAUUUACUCACAAAUUUAUAUGAGAAGAUUGGGAAAAAGAAGUUAAUAUCAAAAUAUAUCUUAGGACAAUAAUAUGGCACAAAAAGUAACGUGAGAAAUAUCAAAGAAUUUACAUCUAAAAUUUAUCUAUUACCCUUUGAUUUUUACGUACAAUAAAUUCAGUGUAAUGAAACCCAACAUUGAUGAACUAUCAGGAAAUAUUGAAAUAUCUGGGCAAAUGGAGUUGAAACAUAUCAAGAAAUGAAGAGACCGAAAAGACACAGAAAAAUUGAACGUGAUUUCGAAUCUUAACUUCAUUUGAUGUUUUCACUGUUGUUGUGCAUUUUCUUGUGUAAAAAUUGUUUAUAAUUUCCACCUCUAUUGUUAACUAACUCAUAAUACUUUUUGUACUUAACUACAUUUAUAUAGAAAUUUAGAAGUAACUUCUAUUCUAAGGAAAAUCUAACGAAAUUUAUUCAAAUUUCUUGAUAUAAAAUUUACCCUGUACUUCUUGUAAUAAUUAAUAUUGAAAGUCUGGAUGUUUUCGAGUCAAGAGAACAGCAGAAUCCUGAAAUUUUCAAAUAAAAUGUUUU